CCCACCUGGAAGCGCCGCGGCGCCGCUGUCGAGCUUCCUGCGGCGGCCACCCGAGCAAGUGCCGUGGCGGGGGCAGAGAGCGGCCACGGCGGCGGCGCUUCCCCAAGUAGCUCACGGCGCCCUGCCCCGCGCGGAAGAUACCAAGUUGUGCUAGUACAUCCAUAUAAAUAAUUAAUACCUGAAGUCUCAAUGUAACAUGGACAUUAACAGUGAUGACAAAUAAAUACAGACGCUUGGGAAUCAAAUACUAGGCGAAAAACACUUUUAAAAAGGAAUUUAGGAGGUUCUAGUAUUCUCCAUGGCUGAAGCUGAGAGUCUGAAACCCUGAUGCUUAAGCUCUAUUCUAGAUCAUAGCUCCAACUCCUUCAGGAUAUAAGGAAAAGAUAAUAUUUCCACAAUGAUAGAUCUUUGGUUGUUCAGGUUUCCCAAUGAGUGGAUCAUGAUGACCGUAUUGUAGGGACUUGCCAUAGUAUGGCUGCUUCCCGAUCUACUCGUGUUACAAGAUCAACAGUGGGGUUAAACGGCUUGGAUGAAUCUUUUUGUGGUAGAACUUUAAGGAAUCGUAGCAUUGCUCACCCUGAAGAAAUCUCUUCUCAUUCUCAAGUACGAUCAAGAUCACCAAAGAAGAGACCAGAGCCUGUGCAAAUUCAGAAAGGAAAUAAUAAUGGAAGAACUACUGAUUUAAAACAGCAAAGUACUCGAGAAUCAUGGGUAAGCCCUAGGAAAAGAGGACUUUCUUCUUCAGAAAAAGAUAACAUAGAAAGGCAGGCUGUAGAAAAUUGUGAGAGAAGGCAAACAGAACCUGUUUCACCAGUUUUAAAAAGAAUUAAGCGUUGUCUUAGAUCUGAAGCACCAAACAGUUCAGAAGAAGAUUCACCUAUAAAAUCAGACAAGGAGUCGGUAGAAGAGAGGAAUACAGUAGUGGACAAUGAUGCAGAUUUUCAAGGGACUAAACGAGCUUGUCGAUGUCUUAUACUGGAUGAUUGUGAGAAAAGGGAAAUUAAAAAGGUGAAUGUCAGUGAGGAAGGGCCACUUAAUUCUACAGUAGUUGAAGAAAUCGCAGGCUAUUUGGCUGUCAAUGGUGUUGAUGACAGCGAUUCAGCUGUUAUAAACUAUGACGACUGUCAGCCUGAUGGGAACACUAAACAAAAUAGCACUGGUUCGUAUGUGUUGCAGGAAAAGUCAGUAGCUGAAAAUGGGGAUUCGGAUACCCACACUUCAAUGUUCCUUGAUAGUAGGAAGGACGACAGUUAUAUAGACCAUAACGUGCCUUGCACAAAUUCAGAAGUGCAGGUCAAGUUGGAGGACCACAAAAUAGUAACUGCCUGCCUGCCUGUGGAACAUGUUAAUCAGCUGACUACUGAGCCAGCUACAGGUCCUUUUUCUGAAAUUCAGUCAUCCUUAAGGGAUUCUGAGGAGGAAGUAGAUGUGGUGGGAGAUAGCAGUGCCUCAAAAGAGCAGUGUAAUGAAAACACCAAUAACGCCCUGGACACAAGUCUUGAGAGUAUGCCAGUCUCUGGAGAACCAGAAUCAUCUUCUGUUCUAGACUGUGUUUCAGCUCAAAUGAUGUCUUUAUCAGAACCUCAAGAACAUCGAUAUACUCUGAGAACUUCACCACGAAGGGCAGCCCCUACCAGAGGUAGUCCCACUAAAAACAAUUCUCCUUGCAGAGAAAAUGGACAAUUUGAGGAGAAUAAUCUUAGUCCCAAUGAAACAAAUGCAACUGUUAGUGAUAAUAGAAGUGAAUCUCCCACAAAUCCUGAUGAAAUUUCUCAGAAUGAAAAAGGAAUAUUUUGUGACUCUGGAAAUUAUGGGAGUGAAGGACUAAGUAAGCCACCCUCAGAGGCAAGACUUAAUAUUGGACAUUUGCCAUCUGCCAAAGAGAGUGCCAAUCCACACAAUACAGAAGAAGAAGAUGAUGAUCCUGAUGUUUAUUACUUUGAAUCAGAUCAUGUGGCACUGAAACACAACAAAGAUUAUCAGAGACUGUUACAGACGAUUGCUGUACUCGAGGCUCAGCGUUCUCAAGCAGUCCAGGACCUUGAAAGUUUAGGCAAACACCAGAAAGAAGCACUAAAAAAUCCCAUUGGAUUUGUGGAGAAACUCCAGAAGAAGGCUGAUAUAGGGCUUCCAUAUCCACAGAGAGUUGUUCAAUUGCCUGAGAUUGUAUGGGACCAAUAUACCAAUAGCCUUGGGAACUUUGAAAGAGAAUUUAAAAAUCGUAAAAGACAUACUAGGAGAGUAAAGCUAGUUUUUGAUAAAGUAGGUUUACCUGCUAGACCAAAAAGUCCUUUAGAUCCUAAGAAGGAUGGAGAGUCCCUUUCAUAUUCUAUGUUGCCUUUGAGUGAUGGUCCAGAAGGCUCAAACAGUCGUCCUCAGAUGAUAAGAGGACGCCUUUGUGAUGAUACCAAACCUGAAACAUUUAACCAACUGUGGACUGUUGAGGAACAGAAAAAGCUUGAACAGCUACUCCUGAAAUACCCUCCUGAAGAAGUAGAAUCUCGACGCUGGCAGAAGAUUGCAGACGAACUAGGCAAUAGGACAGCAAAGCAGGUUGCCAGCCGAGUGCAGAAGUAUUUCAUAAAACUAACUAAAGCUGGCAUUCCAGUCCCAGGCAGAACACCAAACUUAUAUAUGUACUCCAAAAAGUCUUCCACAAGCAGACGACAGCACCCCCUUAAUAAGCAUCUCUUUAAACCUUCCACUUUCAUGACUUCCCAUGAACCACCAGUGUAUAUGGAUGAAGAUGAUGACCGAUCCUGUUUUCAUAGCCACAUGAACACUGCUAUUGAAGAGGCAUCAGAUGAAGAAAGUAUUCCUAUUAUGUAUAGGAAUUUACCUGAAUAUAAGGAACUAUUACAGUUUAAAAAGUUAAAGAAGCAGAAACUCCAGCAGAUGCAAGCUGAAAGUGGAUUUGUACAACAUGUGGGCUUCAAGUGCGAUAACUGUGGCAUAGAACCUAUCCAGGGUGUUCGGUGGCACUGCCAGGAUUGUCCUCCAGAAAUGUCUUUGGAUUUCUGUGAUUCUUGUUCAGACUGCCUACAUGAAACAGAUAUUCACAAGGAAGAUCACCAAUUAGAACCUGUUUAUAGGUCAGAGACAUUCUUAGACAGAGACUACUGUGUGUCCCAGGGCACCAGUUAUAAUUACCUUGACCCAAACUACUUUCCAGCAAACAGAUGACAUGGAAGAGAACAUCGUAUACUAGUCCUCUUCAACACAUAGCAAUGGUAUCAUUGUGAAUUAUGUGCACAGUUUGGAAAGAUUCUCUGCUUUCCCUGAAAUGACACUCACAGCAUGACAGCUUCCUGAGUGUUCUUGUCAAGUCCAGCUCUGCACCGUUGUGGCUCUAGAUCACUGUUCAGCAGCCGAGCAUUCCUGGUGAGCAAAGGGUUUCCCUGGUGAAUUUCUCACCACCACCUUAAAGCCUUUUAGGUGGUGAUAUUAAAUGGGUGAGAUGGAAACGAGAGCACACAUUAAAGAGAGUAAAUUCCAAAGGUUUCAAAGAACUCGGUCAUAAAUAGGAUAAUGAGAAGACAAAGUAUUUAUAUUAAAACAGUUUAGUAGCUUUCAGUUUUGUGAAAAUAGUUUUCGGCACAGAAGCUGACUUCUUAGACAAAGUUUUAACCAAUGAUGGUGUUUGCUUCUAGGAUAAACACUUUAAAAGAACUCACUGUCCCAGUGGUGGCCACUGAUGGCCUUUAGUAAAUCGGAGCUGCUUAACCAUAUUGAUGUCUAAUUUCUUUUAACCACAAUGAACUGUCCUUAUUACCAACAGCGAAGCACUACAGGAGGCACUGUGGCAUUGCUUCCUUGACCAGCUCAUGGUGUGUGAAUGUUAUAAAAUUGUCGCUCAGAUAUAUUUUUUAAAUGUAAUGUUAUAUAAGAUGAUCAUGUGAUGUGUACAAACUAUGGUGAAAAGUGCCAGUGGUAGUAACUGUGUAAAGUCUCUAAUUCACAACAUUAAUUCCUUUAAAAUACACAGCCUUCUGCCUCUGUAUUUGGAGUUGUCAGUGCAACUCAUCAAAGAAAACUGCCUAAUAUAAAAAUCAUAUAUAUGGUAAUAAUUUCCCUCUUUUGUAGUCUGCACAAGAUCCAUAAAAGAUUGUAUUUUUAUUACUAUUUAAACAAGUGAUUAAAUUUAGUCUGCGCAGUGAGCAAGAGUUCACAUGCAUUCUUUUAUACUGCUGGAUUUUGUUGUGCAUCAUUUAAAACAUUUUGUAUGUUUCUUCUUAUCUGUGUAUACAGUAUGUUCUUGAAUAAUGUUCAUUUGUCAGGAGAACUGUGAGAAAUAAACUAUGUGGAUACUGUCUGUUUA